AUCGUAGCCAAUGGCAAAGCGCGGUAAAUACAAACGGCUGUUAGUCCAAGACGUUAGCAGUCCACUCGCGGCGUGUAGGAGCAUUUCAGGGGCUUAAGUUUAAGUGUAAAAGCGGAUCAAAUUCAUGAAAACAAAGUUGGGACUUCUUGGGGGAGCAAGACGCCGUUUUAUCGCCCUACAGUUAGUUAACGACUCUUCUUAGCCUCCAGUCGUUCUCCACUCCUGACACGACACAAUACUGAAGUUAUCUGAUUUAUAAUGGACGGCUCUCCAGUUCUUCGUGUGCAAAGGCAGGAUGAAAUCAGCGCUUACCUUCGGAGGGUGAACAAUGAGAAAAACAGGAUGGCACUGGUGCCCAAGAACUCAAAGCCUGUGCCUGCGCCGAAGUUUCCUAAUAGGGAUUCUGAGGACCAAGAUCCUGGGAGGAAGCCGCCCGUUCGGCCAAGCAGAAUUCCAGUGCUCGUCAAGUCUCUCCAACCUUCAACGGCUUUUCAUGCUGCUCAGUGGGAGCAGGGACUCUUGGCCGGGAAAGCCAAGAAGGCAAAGUCAUGCACCAGGUCUACGCCUUUCAACAUGUCUCGGCAUAAGAGCUUGACAAUAGAUGUAACUUCACAGCCAAAAAGUGGUGCCCAUUCUGUCCAGUCUGAAAAAAAUGUUUGUAUAAAAACCCCGAAGGCAAAAGAGAACCCCCUGAAGUGUCCGGCUGUGUUAAAAAGCACAGUAGCAGCAGCAAAGGAGAACUUUAGGUCUCAUGGAAUGGAUCCUGGCCAUUUUGAGACAUUAAAGACUGAAAAUGUUACACAUCAGAAGAGUUCCUCCUCCUCCUCAUCUUCUGUCUGUUUGGAUAAGAUGACCCAUCUCAGUCUCAAAGAUCCAAUUGACAUCUCCAAUCCAAGUGGGAACGCACAGGAUAACCUCUCAAGCGACCCCUGUGAUGCAGCUAAAGGAUUCCAGCCCAAUCAGGCCGCUUUACUAAGUAUCCUGUGUAAUGAGGGUGUGCGCACCUUCAGCCAGCCGUUUGCAACUCCGCACUCAAAAUCUGAUGCCAUGUUUCCACAACGAGUGUCUGUUGUAAAGAGUCAUCAAAAAGCUGCUGCCAGUGUGAAGAAGGGGGGGGGACCCUGCAUGCCCCUUGUGUGCCAGAUCUCAAAACACAUGACUUUUAUCGACACGCCACAGCGAGUUCCAACUAAUAAGAGUGUAGCACCCAUAGACAAAGCAAUGGAAUUCCAGCCCAAUCCCUCCUCUUUGCUAAAUAUCCUGCGUAAUGAGGACGUGUGCAUCUGCAGCCAAUCAAAUGCAACUCCACGCUCUCAAUCUUAUGCCAUGUUUCCACCAGUGUCUGUUGCAAAGACCCAUCAAAAAGCUGCCGCCAGCCAGAGUGACGGGGUGAAGGCUGCAGGUCCCAUCCGUGCCUCACCUCAAAAACCAUCUUUCAGAGAUGUUUUUUUUGACACACCACAGAGACUUCCAAUUAAAAAGAGUCUGGCGGCAGCAGAUGCAGAGUUCCAGACCGAUCCCUCCUCUUUGCUAAGUAUACUGCACAAUAAGGGCGUGUGCAUCUCCAGCCAAUCAACUGCAACUCCACGAUCUCAAUCUUAUGCCAUGUUUCCACAACGAGUGUCUGUUGCAAAGAGUCAUCAAAAAGCUGCUGCCAGCCAGAACAAGGGGGUGAAGGGUACAGGCCCCAUGCGUGUCACACCUCAAAAACCAUUUGGCAGAGGCACUGUUUUUGGCACACAAGUUGUCCAGACGUUAUUUGUUGACCAAGAGGAUGGACAGUGCCCUGACAACAGGGAAAAGAAGCUCCCAGUUCUUCAAGCCUUACCUAUUAAAAGCCACUGUGAAGACAAAGUAAAGAUGAGCGACAUCCAGGGCAAUCAAGAGGCGCAGAUGAUUGAGGAAGCACAGCAGUCCAUCCCAACCCUGCAAAGAGAGUCUGUCAUUUUUUUUUCCACAGGCAAGAAACAGUUACAUUUUGAGAAGCAUGAAAGCUUGACCUGUCAGGAGGGACCCAGCCAGGAUCUGUCAGACGUGGAAGAAGUUUGUGAGCUUGUUAGUCGCAUCAAUCCAGCCCGCCACAUUCUGCAAGGAGACCAGAAGGCCUUUGUGACCAACACUGCACUUGCGUUGCUGCCGAAGCGUCUUUUACCCCUGGAGGACCUACGUUUGGACCACGAGAUUGCUUUCUAUACCUCCCAUUCUAUUGCAGAUGCUCCCAGGUUCCUACCCUCUCAACCCCGCUGUAGAGACCCGGUGGCGUCCUUGCGCCACUUUGAAGAGUCCACUAAUUUUUUUCCACUGAGCUUGGAUGCUUCCUCUCUGUGCUCCUCUCCACCUCAAGAGAACGAAUUAAGUGAUUUUUCUUGAAGCACUAAUACAGAUCCCUCGAAUGUUGCGGACACUGUGCAAACAUUGGUACUUGAGUUCCUCUCCUUUAAAAAAAGUAUUGUUGUGAUUAUCAACUAAAUAAAGAUCUGUGUUGUAGUCGCAGUACAGAAUUGAUAGCACUGGCUCUGAAGGAGGUAUGCUUGUUCCGUUCCAAUUUUCUCCAGCCCUCCAAAAAAAGACCUGGGUAAAUGACUGCGCUCUGAUGUGCAUGUGCUCAGGCGAACACCUACUAAAAGGGUGUUUUCUCAUUCUGUUGUCCUUUUGUGGACUAGCACUUUUUGACAAUUAAAUUAUUUGUUUCAAUUUUUUUUUAAUCUAGCUUUUGGAAAUAAAUGUUUUUAUGUACAGUU